AUGUCGUCUCGUCCGAGGUCGUCUCCGUCGGCCAACACCUGUGGAGGAUCGACUGUUACCCGCGGGGACCCGUACUCUACUCCCAAGAGCACAAGGGAAACUAUGUCUCCAUCUUCCUUAAGCGUACGCGCCAGCUUCGUCGCCUUCAUAAAGGAUAGAGAUGACCAGCCAUCAGAAACACGAGUCAGGACUUACCUUCACGAGUUCACAAUCAUGGACGACUGGGGGUGGCAUCGGUUUGUGGAAAGAACGGUCCUCGAGGAAGACUAUGUUAUUCAAGGGCACGUCACGUUCGUAUGCACCAUCAUGGUCAUGCGUGAUGCUACGCCUGUCACCGUGCCUCCAUCCGACAUCAGGAACCAUCUCGGCUGCUUACUGGAUCAGGCAUAUGGGACGGACGUGUCGUUUACCGUCGACGGCGAGACAUUCCCCGUGAACCGAGCUAUUCUUGCAGCCCGCUCACCCGUCUUCAAGGCAGAGCUCUUUGGGUCCAUGGCCGAAGCUACAAUGGCAUCCAUCACACUGCUCGAUAUCACACCUUCAACAUUCAAAUAUUUGCUUCUGUUCAUAUACACAGAUGAGUUUCCUAUUACUACAGAGGAUAACCCCUCCAAUUCCAAUGAGGUAUUGUUUGACUUACUUGCCGCUGCCGAUCGGUACGCACUUGACCGGCUAAAGCUUAUGUGUGCUCAAAAGUUAUGGGAUAAUGUGUCAAUGGAUACAGUUAAAGAUAUUCAGGCUUGCGCUGACAUGUACAAUUGCCUCCAGUUGAAGAACAAGUGCGUUGACUUCAUUGCAAAAGAGAAAAAAGCGAAGAAGUCUCUUGUUUCAAAAACGAUUCGAAGAAGCCCAAGACUUCAUCAGGCUAAGGCACAGAUUUGA